AUGUCUUACGGGGGUCAGGAUAGCAUCAAACCCCAACCACAGCAACAAUGUUUAUACAGUUGUUUACAGCCUGCUGCUUGCACUCACACGCUCCACUCACACACAUCUCCCUUUGAUUGCGGUCACAUGCACACACACAAACAACAAACACACACACACACACGUCUGGCUCCACUUACGCUACAAUCUGGUUUUACAGACACUAAACCAUUUGACCAUUUCAACUAACCACAUGCAGGUACUCUGGUGUUGGUUUAUAGACUGACUCUCUGUUCUCACCCAUGUAGACCUGCCUCUUGUCAACCUAUCUGUGGAGCCCCAACCCAUACUGGAGGGCAACCUGGUGAAGUUCCACUGCUCUGCCAAGGCUAACCCACCCGUCAUCCACUACAGGUGAGAUAGUACACCUGCACACACACAAACACACAAACACACACACAAACACACACAUGCAAACGCAUUACAUCUGCACCUAUUUUCUUCUCCGAUUGAAGUCUUUAAUUUGGGUGACCCAAAAUCUCUACUAUUUGAUGUGCUUAUGAUGUGUUCAGUAGGUCUAUAUCCACAUUAAUAGUCUGUAUACUUUCCUCUCAGGCUGCAUAAGGAGUGCCGUAGUCUCUCUUUCCAAGUUCUGCAUCUCUACUGGGGUAUGACACAGGAAACAUCGCCAUAUGUUUCACAUUGUCGUAGGCAGUCCGGUGUGGGGCAGGUGGUUAGUCGGCGUAAAAAAGUGUGUCAAAUGUACCCAGAGGUCACCUUAGACCGUAACUCCCUGCCAGCAGCUGGCAUCACAUUGAUAAUAGAUGGGCAGGGGUCCCUGAGACCGUGGCAUACAUCACUACCAUCUGCCUCUGCCAGUGCAGGGGCAGGCACUGACUGCAUUAGGUUGGCACAGAGGGGGCACAAAGUGAACCACAACACACAAGGGUUUCCUGUGGUUUGUACCCACAUCCUCUAGCCAGGGGGUGAGGAGGUCCAGGAGCACAUGCUGGUGCAGGUCAGCCAGGUGAGGGAACACUGACCCAAGAGAAGAUGGUCGUGGUGAAGAGAGAGAGAGAGAAGAGAGAGAGAGAGAGAGGAGAUAGAGAGAUGAGAGAGAGAGAGCGAGGAGAGAAUAGAGAGAGAUCGAUAGCUCGACCUCGCCGCUCCGCCUCCUACUCUCCUAUUCUGAGGCUCUCUACGAUCUCUCAUCGCCUCGCUCUCUCUCUCUCUCGCUCUCUCUCUCUGCUCGCUCUCUCUCUACUGGCGAUCUCUCCAUCCUCUCUCUCUCUCUUCUCUCGUCUCUCUCUGCCCAGCUGACUGGGUUCAGUAGUCUAUUUGAGGAUGGUUAGCCUCUGCCCAGAAAAUACACUAUAGGCAAAAAUCUAGCUGCUGGGAAAGUGUUUGAGUCCACACAAUGUUUCUUAUAGGUUUAGGGAUAAUAUCACUGUAUGAUUGCUACCAUUUAUUUGCCUUAUAUCUCUAAGUGGUUUGGGAUAUCCCUGCUCCUGGAACAUUAAUUGUCAUGACAGUAUACUGUUAUAGUGCAUACAAUAACUACCAGCUGUCAUGAACAACAGAGAGCUUUGACAUGCCAUCAUCCAGCAUAUUGCACUGCAAUAAGCAAGUUAGCAACUACAGUAAUAUUCCAGUAACCACCAUCCACCCCUUAUUGGUUCCGAUAUUGCGAAAGGGACAAUCCCCCAUAUAAUUGACAGUAAUAGAAAAAGUAGUUGUUUAUUAUUCUGUGUGGCGCCCCUCCUGUGAAUUGCAAACUGGUGUUUGAAUUUGAUUAAAGAAGCAUCUCUAUUUUAGCAUGGAAACAAGAGGAGGGCUACGAGCCUCUGUAAAUAUCAAAGGCCUGCAUAUGCUUUGGCAUUAGCGGCGGUUGCACAUUAAAUGGAACAAAAGUGUUUACGCAAAACAACAGUGGCACAUCCCUUUGAUGUGAAAUAGACCUGGCUGGAGCGAUUUUGCCACCUCGACAACAAUGCUUUGUGGCUAAUAAUACAGGUUGACGGGGAUGAUCUGGCUCAUUAGUGGGGGUUGUGAAUAUGUGCACUUUGUUGUUUACCGUACAGGGUAGGGGUCAAUUCCAUUUCAAUUCCAGUCAACAAUCUAGACAAAAUACUCUGCAAUGUCAAAGUGAAAGAUUUGUAUUAAUAAAAACAUAAAAUAUAGUCAUUGCAUAAGUAUUCAGCCCCUUUGUUUAGGCAAGUCUUAAAUUAUUUCAGGAGUAAAAUCUGGCUAAACAAAUCACAUAAUAAGUUACAUGGACUCACUCUGUGUGAAAUAACUGUGAUGAGUGUGAUUAGAAGGAGUCAGGCGCAGGAGGGUUUACAGAGUUUAUUCCGUCGUACACAGUUGCGCUGGAUAGCGACAACAAAAUACAGGCACAAGGGAACAAUCUACACCGGCAAUACAAGGUACGGGUAGCUCCAACAAAAUACAGGCACAGGGGAAUAAUCUACCCCGGCAAUACAAGGUACGAGUAGCUUCACUGAGCUACACUCAACUCAAAUAAAACAAUCACCCACAAGGACAAGGGAGCAGAGGGAACACUUAUACACAGACUAAUGAGGGGAUAUGAACCAGGUGUGUGUAAUUGACAAGACAAGACAAAUGGAAUGAUGAUAUAUGGAGAGGCAGUGGCUAGUAAGCCGGUGACGACGAACGCCGAAGUCUGCCGAACAAGGAGGGGAGGCAGCCUCAGCAGAAGUCGUGACAAUAACAGGGGUUGACAUGAUUUUUUUAUGACUAGCCCUUCCUCUGUCCCCCAUACAUACAGCAUCUAUAAGGUCCCUCAGUCAAGUAUUGAAUUUCAAGCACAGAUUCAACUACAAAGACCAGAGAGCUUUUCGAAAGCCUCAUAAAGAGGGGGAGUGAUUGGUAAAUGGGUAACAAUAACAAAUCAGACAUUGAAUAUCGCUUUAAGCAUGGUCAAGUUGAUAAUUAUGUUGUGGAUUAUGUAUUAAACCACCCAGACACAUCAAAGAUACAUUCAUCCUUCUUAACUGAGCUGCAGGACAGGAAUGAAACUGACAUUGAGGUCAUUGGUGAUUCUAAAACAGCUACAGAGUUCAAUGGUUGUGAUAGGAGAAAACUGAGGAUGGAUCAACAAUAUUGUAGUGACUCCACAAGAAUACAAAUAUACUGAAAACAUCCAUCUUGUAUGCAACAAGGCACUAAAGUAAUACUGCAAAAAACACAGUAAAGGAAUACACUUUUUGACACAAAUACAAAGCCUUAUGUUUGGGGCAAAUCCCACACAACACAACACAGCACUGAGUAACUGCCUCCUUAUUUUCAAGCAUGUUGGUGGCUGCAUCAUUGUUUGGGUAUGCUUGACAUUGGCAAAUACUGGGGAGUUUUUCAGGAUAAAAAGAAAUGGGAUGGAUCUAAGCAAAGGCAAAAUCCUAGAGGAAAACUUGCUUCAGUCUGCUUUACACCAGAGACUGGGAGAGGAAUUCACCUUUCAGCAGGACAAUAACCUACAACACAAGGCCAAAUCUACACUGGAGUUGCUUACCAAGAAGACAUUGAAUGUUCCUCAGUAGCCAAGUUACAAUUUUUACUUAAAUCUUCUUGAAAAUCUAUGGCAAGACUUGAAAAUGUCUGUUUAGCCAUGAUCCUCAAAAUCUUGACAGAGCUUGAAGAAUUUUGAAAAGAAUAAUGGGCAAAUAUUGGGUAAGUCUCUUUAAGAGACUUACCCAAGAAGACUCAGCUAUAAUCGAUGCAAAGGCUUUUUUUAACAUGUCAUUGACUCAGGGAGCUGAAGACUUAUGCAAUGACUUUAUUUUAGUUAUUACAUGUUUAUUCAUCUUUAAAACAUUUUAUAAUUUUUCUAGAUUAUUGACAAAAAAAUGACACAAUAGAAUGUGAAGAAAUCCAAGGUGUCUGAAUGCUUUUGCAAGGCACUGUAAAUUAGUACAACUUGUAAUUGGAAUUAGAAUUUGGUUUAAUUGCUGAAUUGACUGAAAUUUGAAUUUAAAUGGAAUUGACCCGACCCUGGUACCAUACUGCUUGUCAUUGAACAUUUGCCAUUGUUGUGUUUUUUUCAGCGUGUCACACACUUAGGUUCUUUGUGGCACCUUUUUAAGUUGAAAAGGAUCAAAUCCGAAUACCAUAACAUGAUUGUUGAUGAUUGUACAGUAUUUUGCAACUUAAUGUUAGAUGGUUCCUCACACUGAAUGUAGUCUAUAGACCAGGAGAAACUGUAAUCCAUGGUUCUGUUUGUUUUAAACAGCCACUACAAACGGCAGCUAACUUUAGCCACCGCUAGUUAAAAUUCAAUGAUAGGAGCAAAUGUACUGCAAUGCUGAACUUCCCCUUGAAGAUAGGAUGUAGUAAGAGCAAUCUAUCCAUGUGACUCAACAAGCCCUUUAUACAGAAAAAAUUGUGACCAGAGUCAAGAAAAUCCUAGCCCCUUAAGUCAAAAACCAAAAGUAGUGCGCUACAAAUGGAAUAGGGUGCCAUUUGGGACGCAACCCCCUCUCUAGUCCUCCUCUUUCUUUAAUGCUGCAUAAGGACAGGCUCGUUUCUCACUGCCUUCUUAAUGCUCUCUUAGCCGAAGCGUGGCUAUUGAUCACCUGAGAGCUGCCCUUUUCCGUGUAAAACGAGGAGAGUUUCUCAGAGGCCUGAGAGCUCAGAGCAGGAUGCUGUCGAUGCUGUGAGGUUGGGCCUGGAAUCUGGAUGUAAGGAAUAGUGAGGGAUAGGAAGAGGGAGGUGUCUCUUAUCUCAGAAGCUCCAGACCUCCUUCUCUUCUUCCUUUUACUCAGACUAGGUAUUGAGAGGAUGCUUGGAGAGAUGGGUUGGACUCCAGACCUAAUGGUUUGGAGAUUACUAUCUAAUCUGUUGUCAUGGUAAUAAUAUAUGGUAAUCAGGGUUGUGUCCAAAAUGGCACCCUAUCCCCUACAUAGUGCACUAUGUUUGACUAGAGCCAUAUGGGCCCUAGUCAAAAGUAGUGCUCUAUCUAGGGAAUAGGGUGCCAUUUGAGACGUAUCCCAGGUGGUCUUUCAUUCAAGCUCAAUUGGUAGAGGUGGAAGAGAAAAUGUAAUACAGACCAUCCGAUUGAACGAUAGAGUGGUGACAGCACAGGGGUAUGCUUUCAGAGCCAAUCUGUCAGACAGAAGGGGGACAGGUAGCUGCCGUGAAACAAUUCAUUUCAACUGCCUUGUUGUGCAUCCUAGUCCUACCUCUGCAAGGCAGACAGCAAGCUGAAGGGGAGAGAGAUUGAGAGAGAGGGAGGUCUGGCAGCUAACUCCAUUAGCAACUGUUUGUUUCUCAUAAAGCUGCCGAGACAGUGUGAGUGAGUGAAUGAGUGAGUGUGUGAAUGAGGGAGGGAUGGAGGAUCUGGCAACUAACUCUAUUAGCAACUGUUUGUUUCUCAUAAAGCUGCCUAGAGGGGCAGCGAUGGGGAGAGAGGCGAAUGAGUUUCGCUUGCAAAUAAAGUACGCUUCUUAUCCACACGGGGGGUUCUGGUGUUGGUGUCGCUGCUGCUGUUUUUUUCUUUCUUCUCUGUUGUCACUACUGAGGUGUCUGAUGAGAAAGAAUCAAUUGCACAGAUUUAGCUUGGCUUGACGGCUAUUUGUUGUGAACAUGUGGGUGUUGUGAACACAAACUCUGUCCGUGUGUAUGGACAUGAACUUGUUUGAUUGUUCCAUUUUUUGGUCCUCUGGGAAGUUAGUUUCUGUGUGUGUCUGUGCAUGUGCGUGCUUGCCACCCUGCAUUCGAAUUUGACAGCGGAAGAUCAUAGACAACAUGAACAGCGCUUCAAUAACUGUAAAAAGCUAAAUGGAUUCCUUCGUGCAUACAGUUAUGUGGGGUCACAUGUUCAAAAGCUGUGCUUAUAUACUAUUGUUCUUGAAUAAUUCAGAAGUGACUGGGAAAAGGAUAAGCAUCAGACAUGUAGCACUGUUCUGUUCUGACAUUCACAGGCUUGAAAGAGAGCAGAAAGAAAGGUUACAUUUGAAUUGAGAAGGGAUGUUGAGGAGACGUUAACAGCAGAUUUGAGAAGGGAUGUUGAAGAGACGUUAACAGCAGAAUUGAGAAGGAAUGUUGAAGAGACGUUAAGAGCAGAAAUGAGUAGGGAUGUUGAAGAGACAUUAACAGUAGAUUUGAGAAGGGAUGUUGAAGAGACGUUAACAGCAGAAUUGAGAAGGAAUGUUGAAGAGACGUUAACAGCAGAAUUGAGAAGGGAUGUUGAAGAGACGUUAACAGCAGAAUUGAGAAGGGAUGUUGAAGAGACGUUAACAGCAGAAUUGAGAAGGGAUGUUGAAGAGACGUUAACAGCAGAAUUGAGAAGGGAUGUUGAAGAGACGUUAAGAGCAGAAUUGAGAAGGGAUGUUGAAGAGACGUUAACAGCAGAAUUGAGAAGGGAUGUUGAAGAGACGUUAACAGCAGACAGCAUCAACCUUUUAAAAUUCGUCCUCGCCAUCAUCAAGCUGUGUUUUAGUAAGGGAGUGAAAUAUUUUCUGAUUUGCAGGAGAUUUGGUUUACUUGAUCUCCUUCAAUGCUGUCACUGUCCACUGUGUCCUUGUGAUGAAAUGUCUUUGGCAAAAUGGAAGACUGUCGUAGGGCAUCUGGGGUCUGGCUUGUCCCAAAUGGCACCCUAUCCCCUGUAUAGUGCACUACUUUUGACCAGGGCCCAUAGGGAAACUCUGGUCAAAAGUUAAGCACUAUAUAUAUAUAUAUAUAUAUAUAUAUAUAUAUAUUUGAAGUCGGAAGUUUACAUACACCUUCGCCAAAUAAAUUUAUACUAAGUUUUUCACAAUUCCUGACAUUUAAUCCUAGUAAAAAUUCCCUGUUUUAGGUCAGUUAGGAUCAUCACUUUAUUUUAAGAAUGUGAAAUGUCAGAAUAAUAGUAGAGAGAAUGAUUUAUUUCAGCUUUUAUUUCUUUCAUUUAAUUCCCAGUGGGUCAGAAGUUUACAUACACUCAAUUAGUAUUUGGUAGCAUUGCCUUUCAAUUGUUUAACUUGGGUCAAACGUUUCGGGUAGCCUUCCACAAGCUUCCCACAAUAAGUUGGGUGAAUUUUGGCCCAUUCCUCCUGACAGAGCUGGUAUAACUGAGUCAGGUUUGUAGGCCUCCUUGCUCGCACACGCUUUUUCAGUUCUGCCCACACAUUUUCUAUGAGUGAGGUCAGAGCUUUGUGAUGGCCACUCCAAUACUUUUACUUUGUUGUCCUCAAGCCAUUUUGCCACAACUUUGGAAGUAUGCUUGGGGUCAUUGUUCAUUUGGAAGACCCAUUUGCAACCAAGCUUUGACUUCCUGACUGAUGUCUUGAGAUGUUGCUUCAAUAUAUCCACAUAAUUUUCCUUCCUCAUGAUGCCAUUUAUUUUGUGAAGUGCACCAGUCCCUCCUGCAGCAAAGCACCCCCACAGCCUGAUGCUGCCACCCCCGUGCUUCACGGUUGGGAUGGUGUUCUUCGGCAUGCAAGCAACACCCUUUUUCUUCCAAACAUAACGAUGGUCAUUAUGGCCAAACAGUUCUAUUUUUGUUUAAUCUGACCUGAGGACAUUUCUCCAAAAAGUACGAUCUUUGUCCCCAUGUGCAGUUACAAACCGUAGUCUGGCUUUUUUAUGGCGGUUUUGGAGCAGUGGCUACUUCCUUGCUGAGCGGCCAUUCAGGUUAUGUCGAUAUAGGACUAAUUUUACUGUGGAUAUAGAUACUUUUGUACCUGUUUCCUCCAGCAUCUUCACAACAUUUGACCAGGGACCAUAAGGCUCUGGUCAAAACGAGUGCACUAUAUAUGGAAAAGGGUGCCAUUUGGGACGCAAUCAUAGAGUUACAACAAUGAACCAACACAUGAAAACAGUACUUUUUGUGAUUGCUUUUCUUUGGUUUUGACAAUAAAUCUAGGAUAUGUCUGUGUUGUCUGUAUUCACUGAGGAAGUUUUGCAUGUUCAUAAUCUUAUUCUCUAAAUUGUGACAUCUAUAACCAGGCCAUCUUUUCUACCAUAGCAUUACACACAACAAACAACAACACAUUUGAUAUUCAAAGAUGUUCGUCCAAGUUAAUUAUGCAUGAUUCAUCGCUCUUUUCACUCAGAAUCCUCAAGUUAUGUUUUGUUCCAAUGUAUAGCCUAGCCUACAUAAUAAUUAAUCACAUUUAUUCCAAACUGGGUCCUUUGUAUUUAUCUCUUCAACUUGUUGCCCUUCUGUCAAUGUAAACAAUAGUUUGUUUGUUCAGGGGCUUGAUCUGCCUGUUACUGGCAGUGGGAUAUACUUGUGCCGGGCAAGGUUCUUCAACCAGGCAAUUUAUUUCUUCUUCAAUAUAAUGACUUCAGCAUCAAAGCGGGCGAAAGACAGAGACGAAGUGAGAGCACUUAUAUCAUAACGCCCCUCCUCCUCCCUUCCCUCCUCCCCUCCCUCCUCCCCUCCCUUCUCCCCUCCUCCUCCCCUCCCUCCCUCCUCCCCUCCUCCUCCCCUCCUCCCCUCCGCCUCCCCUCCUCCUCCUCCGCCUCCCCUCCUCCUCCCCUCUGCCUCCUCCUCAACCAGACUCCCAAGCAGCACGUGAAUAUGCUCAAAUGAAGAAGAAAAAAGCAAUGCACCGAAACAACAAAAAAGCCACCUUUUCUUUUGUUGUUUCGCUAUGCUCGGCGAAGUGCAGACCACAGCAGUAAAUUGCGCUUGAAUGCAACACAUUUUCACUGGUUGUGUCCCAAAUUGCACCAUAUUUCCUAUGUAUUGCAAUAUGUUCCUAUGUUUUGCAAUACUUUGGAGUCUGGUUAAGCUUGUGUCUUUGAUAUCCACCUCCAAAGCCGCUACUGGUUGGAUUACAUUGCCCACAUUGUCUUCCCUCUUCCCUGUUGUGACUGUGGAUGUUUCCCCCAGAGUGGUACAGAUAUAGGUACAGAUAUAGGAUCAGCUUCCCUUCUCCCAUUACUAACAUUAACCAUUAGUGGGGGAAAUGCAAAACUGACCCAAGAUCAGGGUCUAGGUCUAACUUUAACCUACUCUGUCAUGACCUAUAUUCAGGUGGGCCAAAGGGGGCAGCAUCAUCAGAGAGGUGUCAGGUGACACCUAUGAGGUCAUUGUGGACCAUUCCUUCUUCACUGAGCCUGUCUCCUGUGAGGUCACCAAUGCCCUGGGCAGCACCAACAUCAGCAGGAACGUGGACGUCUACUGUGAGUAGUAGUCCGCAAGUAACACACACACACACACACACAUACUACUGUGAGUAAUCCCCAAGAAAACAUACUCAGGAACUAUAACUAGCUAGCUACAGGCAGUAGGAAUCACAUCCAGUACAUGUAUAGUCCCAAAUAGAUGGUUUGUAGCUGUUCAGCUAACUGUCAACAAGAUUUCAACUAACUAUCCACUAACCCUUGCCCUAACCUUAAUCCUUACCCUAACCGUAACCGUAACCCUAACCCUAACCCCACAAGUUGUAACGUAUCAACAGAGUUGAAGUUGUUAGCUUGUUGAUGCCGUAGCUUGAGUAUCUGUAGAUCAUCUAUAGACGACUAUCCAAAUAAAGUCUAACCAUUUCUGUUCCUGUGAUUCCAGUUGGGCCCAGAAUGGCUGCUGAGCCACAGUCCCUACAGGUGGACCAGGGAUCAGAUGCUAUCUUCAACUGUGCCUGGACAGGAAACCCCUCCCUCACCAUCGUAUGGAUGAAACGCGGCUCUGGAGUGGUAGGCAUUGUAAUCACCAUCAUCCUUUUCUAUUGUGCUUAUUGUACAAGACCCAUUCCCUCUUCAGGGCAAUAACGUAUUAUAUUCUGUUCUAUUAUAUUAUAUUCAGUUCUAAUACAUUUUUAUUCUAUUCAAUUCUGUUCUAGCCUAUCCUGUUCUAGUCUAUUCUAUUGUCUUAUUUUAUUUUCUAUUCUCUUAUAUUCUAAGGUGUAUUCUAUUCUACAGGUGUUCAUUUUUAUACUGUGCCAAUGCAGCAGCUAUUCUCUGUAGUUAACCUUGAAAAGCACUUGUCAUCAAAUUCAGACAUUUCAAGAGACUAUAGAAAAACUAGAAAUGGGCCCAGACACUCAACACAUCAUACUUUACCUUCAUAAUGGUAUCGGUUAAAAAUAAUCUAUUUUACAUGGUCCACUGGUUUCAGUCUGUGGUAUAGGCAAUUCCACCCAUGCAGUUCAUGUUGAUAUUCUGAGAUUAACAUACUCUUUCAUACCGUUUAUUAAAGCAGUGGCUCAGGUGGCCUUGCAGACGACUAAGUGUGUGCCAUCACUCUCCUUUUGGUGAGUGCUUAUUGGGUUUUCGAUUGGCUGAUACGAGGGUUGGACGGAAGGACUCGGCUGCAGCCUUGAAUUCAGAGGCGAGCGUUUUAUCACCAGCCUGACCUUUGACCUUGACCCUCCACAGGUGCUUAGCAACGAGAACAUCCUGACGCUCAAGGCGGUGAGGCAGGAGGAUGCUGGGAAGUACGUAUGCCGGGCGGUGGUCCCCCGAGUUGGAGCUGGAGAGAAGGAAGUGUCGCUUACUGUGAAUGGUAAGUACACUUCACAUGUGGAUGAAUGCUAAAUUCAUUUCCAAGUUGAAUGUGGAAGUUGUUCCAAGCUCAGAGGCAUGUUUCAGGCUAGCUGGACUCAGGGAUAACAUGGUAAAAGCAGAGACAUAUUUAUGCUAGUGGUGUCAAGAUCAGUGGGUCAUAAUAACAUAGUUUGCUUUUGACAGGAUGAAAAAAAUCAUGGAUUUACAGCUAGGACUGUAAUUUUGUGUGUAAAAAUGAACUGUUAACUAUUUCAAUUAAAGGAUAUCUGUCAUAUCACAAUGGCUGUCAAUCAUUGUUGAUACCCGAUACUAUCAUAAUAUUACCUAACCCUACUCCUAUUACAGAUAUGUUUUGAUGUCUCCAGGCUUUCUGACAUCAAAGCUUAGCCUUCAUGUUGGCUUGAGACUAGUGUACUUUCAAUUGUUCCUUGUCUUUCAGAGGAAAUAUUUGAAACAUAAACAUACAUACAUACAUAUAUUUGACAUAUUGGAAAUAUGUGUGUUAUCUGAAAGGAAAAAAACUGUCAUUGUCUGUUAGCGUUCGUUAAUAUAAUCAAUAUCAUUGACAAUGACUUCACCUAGGAAUGAGCAUGUUGCACCAGAAAUAAACAACACAGGAUAAAUGUAAUUAAAGGUGAAAAAGGUGAUUAAACACGUCUUUACAUCGAUUGCAAAUGGACUGAUCUCCCAGCCUUAUCUCAGUGCAGCAACAGCUGGCCAAGGCUAAAUGAGAAGUUAUUGCAACCUUUUUUAACUAAUCAAUAAAUAGUCAACAAAGACAGUUGUUUAAUAUGCCUGAAGACAAGGUCAGGCAAUCGAUGGCGAGCUCUAUCGAAUAACUCCUCCGUAGAAGAAUUUCUGAAGCCGGGAUAUCAUCAUAAAAUUCAUAGCACAAGAAUAUGCAGAGACGUAGGUAGCACCACAAAAUGGCUGACUCGAAAUUGUACUUUUUUCCCCCUCUCGCUUGCCAAAGGGGCUCUCUUAUUGUCUGCUCUCAUUGCAGGUUUAACCAGUCAAUGAAAAAGGGUUCUGGAGGCAUAUAGACUGACUGUUUUGAUGAAAGCUUUCACCCUUGAGCCCAUACAGUGUAAUACAGUUCUGCUGUAGUGAACCAAUAAGAGAGAGUGAGGUUUGGCCUUAUUCUCUCCUUGAAGCUUGUGUCAGGAAGUCCAUUAUUUGAAGAACUGAAAAGGUGAAGCAUUUGGCCACAAGGGUUUUUACGCUAAACCCACCCAUCACCAUUGUUUCUAUGCAGAGGCUGAUUUGGACAGGUUAUGGUUAAGAAUCAUAUUUUACAGUGAAAGUGUUUGGAUUCCAGGCUAGUGAAUCUUGGUUUCACUCCCCACUCCAAGCACAAACAAGUGACAUCUCCUCUCCGCCAAUAAAUACAUCCACCCUGUUUUCCUCCUCUGGUGACUCAGGAGAGCAGCUCCAAGAUAAAGUCAUGGGAAAUAAAUGAAUCUAAUUAUAGCACUCCUUUGAGCUUCCCGGUCCUUCGUCAGAUCUCUCGGGCUCCCCCACAGGAGCCCUGUGUGAAUACGUUUGGCUGUAUUGAGAAGCCCAUUUUGCACUGGAAAGCCCCCUUCCCCCCCAGCUUUUUAUUCCUGUACAUAAUUAAGGGGAAAGAGACAGUUCCGUUGUCUGAAAGUGUCCAACAUUAUGCAGGAAUGCAGUUGCAAGAACACAGCAGACGUCUAACAAAAUGAAUGGUAGCUGUAAUUUAUGUCCUGGUGAGCAAACAAAACAGUAUGUGGACUAAGCUGCCAAAAAGCAUUACAAACUAGCGGUACCUCAAAAUAAGUCGUCUGGGUGUCCCCGAGGAGAGGUUUGAGCAGACGCUCUUAUUCGGAGCGAAUUAUAGGAGCGAUUAGGGUUAAGUCCCUUGCUCAAGGGCACAGACAGAUUUUUCACCUAGUCGACUCUGGCAUUCGAACUAGCGACCUUUCGGCUAGUGGCCCAACACUCUUAACCGGUAGCCUACGUGCCACCCUACUGAAGUCGGGUAUUCUUUUUCCUCGCUUCUUCCUUUCCAUUGAUGUCUGUUUUGCUUCUGUAAACAGUGACACAGAAUUCAGGCCCCUGGGUUUCUCUGAGUGAAAUGUGGCUGCAGUUGAAUGGAAAGAAAUAAGAUAAUGUUUGUUAUUCUUAUGGUCAGCAGUCCUGGAAUUUGUAAGAGCUCCUUGACUUGGGAGGCUGUCAUCGUCACACUGUGUCAGUCAAAGGUCACACAUUUCAAAGGUUUUCUUUCACAGGCGGAGGAGUUUAAAUGGAACUAACGCACAGGACGGCGAACUGGAAUGACUUUGUUUUCUCUAGACCUUUAUCUAACCCUUUCACUGUCCUCCGCUGUACACCCAAACCUUCUACCUUUCUUCUUCUAUUUCUUAGCCUUUAAGCAAUAAAAACAACCUUAUUUUCACCGCGCCGUGAAUCUCACCUUAAGAAAAACUAAUUAAAAUCUCAUCAUGAACAAUUACUAGUCUCCAUUAUACUGUAAACUAGAAAGUAUUAUAAUGCCUGUGCCCUUCGCCUUCCCCCGUUGAUAGGCCGUUGAUGUAUGUGGGUGUUUUAUUGGAGUGAUUGACUGCUUUUCCCUUGGCCGUGCUGUAGGUCCUCCCACUAUCUCCAGCACCCAGACGCAGCAAGCCCUCUACGGGGAGAAGGGGCAGAUCAAGUGUUUCAUCCGCAGCACUCCUCCUCCCGACCGCAUUGUGAGUCACACAUCCCUCCUUCCUUCUGAAAAACAAGUAUUUUAAAACUGAGUUUGGGCCAUCUAUGUUCCAACCAACGAGGGACCUUAUUGGUUUUAACAUGAUGAAGACGUGUUCACGCCUCAAAUCAAUCAUUGACCAGUGAAUGACAGUGGACAUUUGUUAUGAAUAGAAUGUGGAGGUAUGCCUAAAUAUGGCCAAGGAUAGGUGGGGUGGCAACAAAGGAUCCCAAUGGGGCAAAAGUAGAUCAAAAAAUUAUAUGAGGGAAUCCUUGCAUAUUAAAUGAUUGGUUACACUUUAUUUGGAUAGUCCGGAUAGUCUACCUGUAGAUGUACCAAAUGACAAAUUGGCUUCCUUACCAUUUAACAGUUUGGAUUUCUGUCUUACCUUGUAGACUGUAUAGGGUAAGGAAACAAUAAUGGGUGAAAUAUCCCUAUAAUGCAGUGCAAACCAAAUGAAUGAGCUUGACCUAAAGAAAUAAGAAAGUAGGUCAGGUGAGGACAACCCUAAGGACUUAACAUAGAACAAUCAAGGGCAAAUGAUAUCCUAAUGAAUAUCCUAUCCUAAUGUAAAAAAGAGGGCGUAGUCCGUAGAGAAAGAGCUCAUAGACAUGUAGGCUAGUAAUGAAAUACAUUAAGGAAGUGAAGGCAAAUGAAUUGAAAAUUAGAAGUCAUUAUCCUCAUUUAGAGAACAGAAUAUCAAGCCUUUUCCUGAAACAGACUAAUAUUUACUUCACAGUGGAAAUGGAGGGAUUCAUCCCAUUCCUGACCUAUACUAAUCAGCAGAGGUGGGACCAAGUCACUAUUAUUCGAGUCACAAGCAAGUCUCCAGUCACAAGGUCCGAGUCUCAAGUCGAGUCCCAAGUAGAAUGGGUCGAGUCUCGAGUCAAGUCCAAGUCGUGCAUUCAAAGACAAGUCAUGUCGAGUCAAGUUUUUCAAGUCAAGUCUCAAAUCAAGUAAAACAAAAUCUAUACAUGCAAUGACUUGUUCAACCUCAAAUCAAUUUAUUGAGGCUACCAGACAGCCCUUUUCAUUAUUGUGUCUACAACACAUUUUGAUUACGUAAUUAUAAAAUAGGGACUUGUAGCAGUGGGAAGGGCAUGAAAUCAGCAGAAGGCAAGGCAGGUUGACGUGCUCAGAGUGUAGAUUUAUUUACAGGUCUUAGUGAUCCAAUGGUGAAAGCACCAUAUCAUAUCAAAAUAUACAAGUAGAUUUAUCAAAUAUACACGGGCAAUAUCUCAAAAGAAAUAGCUUCUGUAUUAGGCUUAGCCUGUCCUGAACGAACACAGGUAGAGGGCAAGACUGCACAGCCUCCCCUUGAGAAAACAAAAUCGAAUCUGUCUAACAGGAGCUCAAACAGCUACAUAUAAGCACUUGACCCCUCCCAGGACCAUACAAUCACCCAAUUGGCAAUUACAACCAAUAAACUGGUUCUACAAUGUAAAAGGCAAUUUGUCUUAAUCAGAGUUAAUGAUUAUUAAUGAUAUUUCAUCACGAUUCAUAAAUGGAAUAAUAAUUGUAUCUUAUUCAAUGUAGGCUACUGACUCCAAAGCGUGGAGUGCAGGCUAAGUAGCCUAUUUCUAUGCGCACUGAGGCGUGCGCUCCUAUUAUGCACAACCAGAAUGACAGAGACAUAGGACACAGACACACAGAACUCCGACAUAACCCUGGAAAUAUUAACAAAAUAAACCAUACAUUGAAGUAAAUAAACAGAACUUCUACCUCAUGAGUCUUGCGAACAUCCAUGUUCACAAUAAACAUCGGGCCCACUCAGAGGGUAAGAAAUGGUAAAUGAAAAUGUAUAUCAAACAUGAAACAGAAAUGUCUUAAGUGUUGCAAUAAAUGGUACGGGGAUGGAAUGAUGAAACGCUAGCAAUUAUUGUAGGAUUAGAUGUAUAUAGAUUGACCAUAUAUGCAUUUAAACAUGUGAAAGAAACAGCAAACAUUUCAACAAUAGAACGAAGCACUCUCCACUGGAGUUUGGAGAGCGCAAGUGAAGAGACGCACCUAUGGCGCACAGUAAUAAUUCAUUUUAUCAACAAAUUCCAAAUGCAAGCUUCAUAAGUAAAUUAUCAAUUUCAAGCCAUUUUAACAUGCCAAAAGACCAAUAGGCCUAAGCUAGUAAUUGUUGCUUGAUGCCACAUUGCUGUUGAGCUUGCAAAGUAAAGUUAAUAUUCUUGAUCACCAACACAUUUUUGGAUCUGCAUGUAUUAUGCCAAUCCUCUCUCCAUACAAUUUGAUGUUUGCGCUGCACGUGAUCCUAAAUGGGAGACCGGGGAUAAUUGUAACACGGGAUAGUUGUAACACUUGCAACUCCUCCAAUCAGGAGCGAGGUAGAAUCAUGUAAUUCACUGUGCACAUGCUCAGUGUAAUCCUGAACCCUCAUGUGAAAAAGCAAGUCUCUGUGAUAUACUCUGCAGAUUCUAUUGACAGAAAUCUGAUUUUGAGGUAAGAAAGUAAUUAUUUUCACCAAAUGUGUUUUUGUGAUGGCAUCAUCUGCUUUGUAGUUACGUUCACCAUACUUAUAUCAGGCUUAUAACCAGUCUGUGUAGAGAUAUUUGAUGCAAGUUAGCAAUACUAAAGUUUUAACAUUUAGCUAAAAUGGAAGCUAGCUAGAGUCUGCAAGGGUCAGGGUUAGUUGAAACAACUUGUGAGAAAAUGUUACAACUAACCCAGAGUAAAACUGAAUGUUUUUGGUACAUGUUUUAUUUUACUUUCAGCAUGCCUAGAUCAUGGGAAAGAAAGACAGACAGGGGAGUACCUCUCCACACUUUGAAAAUAGCAUCAAAUGAUGUAGCAGAGCAGGGGAAGUCAAUCAGAUCGGUUGCAAAGUUGUAAGGCAUAUGUCAUGUGACGCUGUACAGAUUCUGCAAAGAGAGAAAGAAGCUACUGGAGAAGGGGUCGAGAGAGCUUCCUCAUGUAGGCUACCGUAGUGGAAACAGGGUCUUCAUGGAUGAGCAGGAGCAGAAGUUGUCAGAGUAUCUCUUGAGGGCAGCUGAUUUAUAUUAUGGAUUGUCUCCCCGUGAGGUAAGCACUUGAUAGGAAUUAGUGAGGAGUAAGUAAGGGCAAAGUUAGCAGUUAAUGUUGGUGUCAAUUAAGGUCAAGGGAGGGAGUACUAAUGUAAAUGAUUAAUGUAAAGUAUUAAUUGGGGAAAGUAUUGAACGUAUUUUAUAUUGUUACAGGUCAGGAAAUGUGCCUACCAACUUGCUGUACAAUAUGGUUGCAAGCAUCCUCAGUCAUGGGAUGAGACCUCUAUGGCGGGAGCAGACUGGUUCUCAUCUUACCUAAAGCGGUACCCUACUUUCUCCAUUAGGAGUGCUGAAGCAACUAGUCUGUCACGGGCCACAAGUUUCAACAGAACAAAUGUGGCAGAGUUUUUUUAGCACGACUCAGGAUAAGACCCAGAUGCAGGCACAGGAGGCGAAUGGUUCAGUUCUCAGAUAAUUUAUUAUAACACGGGGGCCAGGCAAAGGGCAGGUCAAGGACAGGCAGAGGUUCAGAGUCCGACAGGUACAGGACGGCAGACAGGCUCAGGGUCAGGGCAGGCAGAAGUUCAUAAACCAGGUCAGAAUCAGGCAUGUACAGAACGGCAGGUAGGGUCAGGGCAGUCAAAAAGGUCAGUACCGGGAGGACUAGAAAACAGAAACUAGAGCGACUGGAAAACUGGAAAACAUGCUGGUAAGACUUGGUAAGACAAGACGAACUGGCAACAGACAAACAGAAAACGCAGGUAUCAAUACACAGGGGAUAAUUGGGAAAAUGGGAGACACCUGGUGGGGGGUGGAGACAAGCACAAGACAGGUGAAACAGAUCAGGGUGUGACAUUUUUAAAUACAGCUUUGAUGGCAAUGCUAUAUGGAAUGUUGACGAGACAGGAAUAACCACAGUACAAACACCUGAUAGAGUGGUCGCGAAACGUGGCACAAAACAGGUUGGAGCAAUCACCUCAGCAGAAAGGGGUACACUAGUGUCAAUGGCUUGUGCUAUAAAUGCAAUAGGAACUUUUCCCACACAAAAGAUACCACGACCACGUUGAAUGGGAUGGACCAAUUGGAUGUGUUGGAAGUGGAAAUGGAUCCGGGGAUGCAGGAGAAUGACUUCCUCAUUUUCCUUGAACACUUGGCUAAACAUACCAAGGUCAGCCUGGAAGGAAGGUGGUCCUUCUCCUUGACAACCACAGCUCACACCUGUCUAUCAGGACCAUUGAUUUAUGUAGGCGCUCUGGCACUUUCUUUCCCCCUACACUGUUCACACAAGCUCCAGCCCCUGGACAGGAGUGUGUACCGUCCACUGAAGAAAAUUGUGAACUCUGCAAGUGAUUCCUGGAUGAGGAUGAACCCCGGAAAGACCAUGACCAUAUAUGACAUUCCAGGCCUUGUCAAAACAGCAUUUCCAGGUGCCACAACACCCACCAAUGUACAGGCUGGGUUCAGGUGCACCGGCAUUUGGCCAUACAAUGCUGAUAUAUUUCAGGAAUGUGACUUUGCACCCUCACCUGUCAAUGAUCGUCCUGCUCCAGCUAACACACUGGCCUUGCCAACUGCCUCCCAGGUCACCUCUUCAGUCACCUCUCAGGCCACUGUGCCCACUGUGCCCAGGCCACCUCUUCAGCUGCCUUCCAAACCACCUCUCCAGCUGCCUGUCAGGCCACCUCUCCAGCUGCCUUCCAGGCCAUCUCUCCAGCUGCCUUCCAGGCCAUCUCUCCAGCUGCCUUCCAGGCCACCUCUCCAGCUGCCACCCAGGCCACCUCUCCAGCUGCCUCUCAAGCCAUCCCUCCAGCUGCCUUCCAGGCCAACUCUCCAUAUGCCUCCCAGGCCACCUCUCCAGCUGCCUCCCAGGCCAACUUUCCAUCUGCCUUCCAGGCCACCUCUCCAACUGUCUCCCAGGCCACCUCUCCAACUGCCUUCCAAGCAACCUCUCCAAAUGCCUUCCAGGCCACCUCUCCAGCCAAUUCACAGGGCACCUCCCCACAUGUAUCAGGCUGUGGCUGGGAAACACCUGAUUACUCUUCUGAUUUCAACCCAGUUGAUGUACGCCCCUUCCCAAAAGCAGGGCCCAGGAAAAUUACAACAAAGGGUAGGAAGAGGAGAAAAACUGUGAUUUUGAUGAAUACACCCAUCAAGCAGACACUGGAAGGCAAUUAGUUUUUGCCCUGCCUAAAAAUACUGCUGGAAAGAAGCAAGCCAAGACAAACCACAUUGAACAACAACAAACAACUGUCCUGCCUAAGAAAAAAGCCAAAACAAAGCACAUUGAACCAGAAGAUUCAGAUUCCUCCAACGAGGAAGAUCAAGUCCAAGGAGGUCUGGGAUCAGUGCUGGGAAUGCAAAUUAUGGGCCCACCAAGCCUGUACCCCAGGACAGCAUACCACUGUCACAACUGUGACUCUGAUUAAGUGAACAUGUCCCACAUUCAGUCACACACAGAGACACACUCACACACACACCACAAACGUUCAGGUGUUUAGUUUAGCCUAGUUGUUGUUUGGUUGAGAAAUACCAUUUAGUGGAGGGUAAAAUAUGAGUCUGUCAAAAAAAACAUUUUAUUAUUUAUAUUGAUUAUUAUUUUUGCAUGGUAAUGUUGCUCUCAUGGUCUCAAUAAAGGCGUUCAAUAAUUAGUUGCAUGUCAUGAUUUAUGCACUUUUUCAUUCUGUUACAAUUCACCCUAAGCACUGUUACAACUAACCCAGACCAUGGGGUAAAUUGUAACACUUUACUCCUUGUAUUUAAGACAAUACCAUGUAUUUGCAGUUUGAUUUACACAUAUAAUAACAACACCAAUUUGUAAAGGACAGAUGUACAGUGAGGGAAAAAAGUAUUUGAUCCCUUGCUGAUUUGUAUGUUUACCCACUGACAAAGACAUGAUCAGUCUAUAAUUUUAAUGGUAGGUUUAUUUGAACAGUGAGAGACAGAAUAACAACAAAAAAAUCCAGAAAAACGCAUGUCAAAAAUGUUAUAAAUUGAUUUGCAUUUUAAUGAGGGAAAUAAGUAUUUGACCCCUCUGCAAAACAUGACUUAGUACUUGGUGGCAAAACCCUUGUUGGCAAUCACAGAGGUCAGACGUUUCUUGUAGUUGGCCACCAGGUUUGCACACAUCUCAGGAGGGAUUUUGUCCCACUCCUCUUUGCAGAUCUUCUCCAAGUCAUUAAGGUUUCGAGGCUGACGUUUGGGAACUCAAACCUUCAGCUCCCUCCACAGAUUUUCUAUGGGAUUAAGGUCUGGAGACUGGCUAGGCCACUCCAGGACCUUAAUGUGCUUCAUCUUGAGCCACUCCUUUGUUGCCUUGGCCGUGCGUUUUGGGUCAUUGUCAUGCUGGAAUACCAAUCCACGACCUAUUGUCAAUGCCCUGGCUGAGGGAAGGAGGUUCUCACCCAACAUUUGACAGUACAUGGCCCCGUCCAUCGUCCCUUUGAUGCGGUGAAGUUGUCCUGUCCCCUUAGCAGAAAAACACCCCCAAAGCAUAAUGUUUCCACCUCCAUGUUUGACGGUGGGGAUGGUGUUCUUGGGGUCAUAGGCAGCAUUCCUCCUCCUCCAAACACGACGAGUUGAGUUGAUGCCAAAGAGCUCGAUUUUGGUCUCAUCUGACCACAACACUUUCACACAGUUCUCCUCUGAAUCAUUCAGAUGUUCAUUGGCAAACUUCAGACAGGCCUGUAUAUGUGCUUUCUUGAGCAGGGGGACCUUGCGGGCGCUGCAGGAUUUCAGUCCUUCACGGCGUAGUGUGUUACCAAUUGUUUUCUUGGUGACUAUGGUCCCAGCUGCCUUGAGAUCAUUGACAAGAUCCUCCCGUGUAGUUCUGGGCUGAUUCCUCACUAUUCUCAUGAUCAUUACAACUCCACAAGGUGAGAUCUUGCAUUGAGCCCCAGGCCGAGGGAGAUUGACAGUUAUUUUGUGUUUCUUCCAUUUGCGAAUAAUCGCACCAACUGUUGUCACCUUCUCACCAAGCUGCUUGGCGAUGGUCUUGUAGCCCAUUCCAGCCUUGUGUAGGUCUACAAUCUUGUCCCUGACAUCCUUGGAGAGCUCUUUGGUCUUGGCCAUGGUGGAGAGUUUGGAAUCUGAUUGAUUUAUUGCUUCUGUGGACAGGUUUAUUUUAUACAGGUAACAAACUGAGAUUAGGAGCACUCCCUUUAAGAGUGUGCUCCUAAUCUCAGCUCGUUACCUGUAUAAAAGACACCUGGGAGCCAGAAAUCUUUCUGAUUGAGAGGGGGUCAAAUACUUAUUUCCCUCAAUAAAAUGCAAAUCAAUUUAUAACAUUUUUUACAUGCGUUUUUCUGGAUUUUUUUGUUGUUAUUCUGUCUCUCACUGUUCAAAUAAACCUACCAUUAAAAUUAUAGACUGAUCAUUUCUUUGUCAGUGGGCAAACGUACAAAAUCAGCAGGGGAUCAAAUACUUUUUUCCCUCACUGUAGGUUGUUUGUAUCAAGUUUUGAAUACACUUCCAUAAACGAUCUCUGAGAAACUGAUGGAAAGGUGAAAAGUGAUACACCCAUCCCCGGUCUCCCCUAGCUGUACAGCAAAUCAGUAAUAUGUUCGCUAGCUCACACGACCUGUGUUGAUUGACAGUUUGGUAGUCCAAUCAGAGGGGCCGAAUGUGCAUUUCACUAGCCAAUCUGUUGCAGGCCGAUGCUGCGGCUACUGUCUCUGGCUGCGUGGAGAGUAGGCUAAUCCGCGGAGUAACAACGUUACAAAACCUGGACAGAUCAUUUCAAGUCAUCAGUGUCAAGUUAAUGUUGAGUCCCGAGUCUUGAGGCUUCAAGUCCAAGUAAAGUCUCAAGUUAUUUUAUUUUUUAUCAAGUCGAGUCUCAAGUCUUAAAAUGUGUGACUCGAGUCCAAGUCAUGUGACUAGAGUUCCACAACUCUGCUAAUCAGUUUCCUGUUGUGAGUGAAAGAAGUUCAAUCUAAAUAUGCUCUCUACAUGGGUAUCUCCAGGACACGGAGGGCUUACAGAUGUCACCCUGUCAAACUAGCAAAGGCUUAGUGGCCCAAAUUGAAGCAAUCAGAUGAGUGAUUGGUGUGAUCCUUGUUGCGUUCCUAAUGGCACCCUAUUCCCUAUGCACUACACUACUUUAGACCAGGGCCUAUGGUCAAAUUUAGAGCACUAUAUAGGAAAUAGGGUGCCAUUUAGGACAUAAUGCCUGACUUUGUAUGAAGAUAGAACAUUGACAGCCAUUUAACCAAGCCAAAGGUGGAUUAUACCUUUUAUCUUUAAUGCCCCAAUAGGUUGUGUUGGCAGGUUGGUUGGUUUCUGUCAGGUGUGGGUGUGUUGGUGUGUGUGUGUGUGUGUAUGGUGUGUGUGUAUGUGGCGAGCAUAUGUGGCUGUGUUACUGUGUGCUUGUGUCCCCGUCCAUACUGUAACAUAUAAUUCUCACUGUUUUGUCUGCCACAGGCCUGGUCGUGGAAGGAGACAGUCUUGGAGUCGGGGACGUCUGGCCGAUACACGGUGGAGACAGUGAGCACUGAUGAGGGGGUAAUCUCCACCCUCUCCAUGAGUAACAUCGUCCCUGCUGACUUCCAGACCAUCUAUAACUGCACCGCCUGGAACAGCUUUGGGUCCGACACAGAGAUAAUUCGACUGAAGGAACAAGGUACACCAACUCCCUUUGUACCACUUCAAUCAAUUCCUCACCCCUUUCCUGCAGUCAAAUGACCAAAUCGCCCACUAGUGGCCUCAUGGGUGGAAUGUUAUUAAUCUUUUUCAUAAUGUAAUAGUUAAGAAACUAUUUUUUUGUUUUGUUUUUACCCAUUACAGUGGAGGGGGGUGUAUGUCUUUAACCCCUUAUUUUUGGCAGUCUCCAUAUAUACUUCCAUUCAUUUUUUUCAACUGGUACCGGGGACCAACAGAAAAGUCUUGUGAGGCCUGUGGGUCUCCUAGAGCAAAACAACUAACAUGUACGUAUUCGUGAGAGUCAACCUUUCCACAGUGGGGUCAUAUUAGUGUGUAGCCCAAACUAUUCGGAUGCUACAGACAGUUGGUAGAUCGACUGUACCAACUUCAGCCAAGUCCCAAGACGCUUGUGGGGGCCGUAGAACAAAACCGAGAACACCAUCCGGUCCGUGAGAGACUCAUCUUUCCAUAAUAGUUUGUAGGCCAAACCAUUCGGGUGCUACAGAUGAUUUUGUGAGAAGACCGAUUUUCGGGAUGUCUCAUGGUCUGACAAACACCGAUCUAGCUCUGUCACCUUUCACUCAGAUGCGGAUGUGCGACAUCGGCGGAUGCUGUGGAUCCAAUGCAAAACAGAUAUCUCUACCUGAAACUUCAGAUUUUUAUGGGGAUUAUUUUAUUAUGCUAAGAAAAUCGAGCACACAACCAUGCAAUCUCCAUAGACAAACAUUGGCAGUAGAAUGGCCCGUACUGAAGAGCUCAGUGACUUUCAAUGUGGCACCGUCAUAGGAUGCCACCUUCCAACAAGUCAGUUCGUCAAUUUUCUCCCCUGCUAGAACUGCCUCGGUCAGCGCGUAAAAAAAGUCUGUCCUCGGUUGCAACACUCACUACCAACUUCCAAACGGUCUAUGGAAGCAACGUCAGCACUAGAACUAUUCGCCGGGACCUUCAUGAAAUGGGUUACCAUGGCCGAACAAGUCCAUAUUAUGGCAAGAACAGCACAAAUAAGCAAAGAGAAACAACAGUCCAUCAUUACUUUAAGACAUGAAGGUUAGUCAAUACGGAACAUUUCAAGAACUUUGAAAGUUUCUUCAAGUGCAGUCGUAAAAACCAUCAAGCGCUAUGAUGAAACUGGCUCUCAUGAGGACCGACACAGGAAAGGAAGACCAGAAUUACCUCUGCUGCAGAGGAUAAGUUCAUUAGAGUUACCAGCCUCAGAAAUUGCAGCCCAAAUAAGUGCUUCACAGAGUUCAAGUAAUCAACUGUUCAGAGGAGACUACGUGAAUCAGGCCUUCAUCAAAUCAAAUCAAAUCAAAUUUUAUUGGUCACAUGCGUCGAAUACAACAGGUGCAGACAUUACAGUGAAAUGCUUACUUAUAGCCCUUAACCAACAGUGCAUUUAUUUUUAACAAAAAAAGUAAAAAUAAAACAACAACAAAAAAAGUGUUGAGAAAAAAAAGAGCAGAAGUAAAAUAAAGUAACAGUAGGGAGGCUAUAUAUACAGGGGGGUACCGUUGCAGAGUCAAUGUGCGGGGGCACCGGCUAGUUGAGGUAGUUGAGGUAAUAUGUACAUGUGGGUAGAGUUAAAGUGACCAUGCAUAAAUAAUUAACAGAGUAGCAGCAGCGUAAAAAGGAUGGGGUGGGGGGGCAGUGCAAAUAGUCCGGGUAGCCAUGAUUAGCUGUUCAGGAGUCUUAUGGCUUGGGGGUAGAAGCUGUUGAGAAGUCUUUUGGACCUAGACUUGGCACUCCGGUACCGCUUGCCGUGCGGUAGCAGAGAGAACAGUCUAUGACUAGGGUGGCUGGAGUCUUUGACAAUUUUGAGGGCCUUACUCAUGGGUGGAAUGGUCGAAUUCAUGGUCAAAUUGCUGCAAAGAAACCACUACUAAAGGACACCAAUAAUAAGAAGAGACUUGCUUGGGGCAAGAAACACAAGCAAUGGACAUUAGACCGGUGGAAAUCUGUCCUUUGGUCUGAUGAGUCCAAAUUGGAGAUUUUUGGUUCCAACCGCCGUGUCUUUGUGAGACGCAGAGUAGGUGAACGGAUGAUCUCUGCAUGUUUGGUUCCCACCAUGAAGCAUGGAGGAGGAGGUAUGAUGGUGUGGGGGUGCUUUGCUGGUGACACUGUCUGUGAUUUAUUUAGAAUUCAAGGCACACUUAACCAGCAUGGUUCCCACAUCAUUCUGCAGAUACCCGCCAUCCCAUCUGGUUUGCGCUCAGUGGGACUAUCAUUUGUUUUUCAACAGGACAAUGACCCAACACACCUCCAGGCUGUGUAAGGGCUAUUUGACCUUGAAGGAGAGUGAUGGAGUGCUGCAUCAGAUGACCUGGCCACCACAAUCACCCGACCUCAACCCAAUUGAGAUGGUUUGGGAUGAGUUGGACAGCAGAGUGAAUGAAAAGCAGCCAACAAGUGCUCAGCAAAUGUGGGAACUCCUUCAAGACUGUUGGAAAAGCAUUCCAGGUGAAGCUGGUUGAGAGAAUGCUAAGAGUGUGCAAAGCUGUCAUCAAGGCAAAGGGUAGCUACUUUGAAGAAUCUGAAAUAUAAAAUGUAUUAUUAUUUUUUGGUUACUACAUGAUUCCAUAUGUGUUAUUUCAUAGUUUUGAUGUCUUCACAAUAUUUCUACAAUGUAGAAAAUAGUAAAAAAUAAAUAAAGAUAACCCCUUGAAUGAGUAGGUGUGUCCAAACUUUUGACAUGUACUGUAUAUAGUGCAGCUUUAUGGUUAUAUUGUAACAUGUGGUAAAAAAAUCUUAACAGCUGUUGUGGUAGUGUUAAAAAUGUUUUAUGUCAUAACUUUUUUGGCCAUCUUUGUGCACAUUCGCUAUUGCAGAUAAAGGCCGAUGUAUGUUCUCUCAGAAUGUUUAUGCAGUGGACAGCUGUGUUUUUUAUACAACAGGUCUGUGUGUGUACAUGUAGGUGGGUUGGUGUGAGAGAGUCUGUGUAUGAGACAGAGAUUUGGAGUCUGAGAGAAAGUGAGUAAUUGAAAGUAAUAGAAAGAGAGUUGCAGAGUGUUUGUGUUUUGUGGAAGUGCAACUAUGCCUGGGAGAGAUUAAGGAUAUUGCCGUGAUUACUUCAUGCAUGAGGGCAAUGGCUCCGUGAUAAGCCUUUUACUUGGGUAAAUGUCAACAAUUUCAAUCUGUGAAAUCCUGUAAUGACAUUUAGAUGUAUUCAGAACUCCAAUAUGUAAUCUAAUUUACAACGCCUCAAUUGGUUACAGCUUAACAUAUGAUUUCUUUGAAAUAUUUAUUUGAAAUGAGAUGAUGUUUUUCAUUUAUUUCCCCCUUUUAUCAAUUAGGUCUCUCCCUUCCAAAGCGUUAAACUAUCUGUUUUCAAAGGGAUCGUUGAAAUGACAAUUCUGUAACAAUGAAUUUCAGUGGAAGAUCUUACUAAAGUCAACCAUGCUUUUGAAUUAAUUAGCUAGACCUCGACUAGCCACAGGGUUAUACACUCAUCUUUGAGACAUCUCAGUUUAACGAAUCAACCCCUAUAGCCUACGAACCUAUUCACAACAUUUAGAACACCAUUUUUAUACAGCUGUUAACCUCUCAGUCAUUUGAAAUAAAUGUAGAUAAUGGGUGUCAAGAUUGUCAGUGCUGUAAAUGGUACUGUAAAAGGUUUUCACUAUUUGCCAUUCACCAGUCGUGUUCACUUUUUGCAUUAGCAAGGACUUGUCACAGUUCAACAUACAGUAAGUGUUAGCCUUGGUGUAUAUCACAUGAUGUAGGUCUACUGUGGUUCAAGAGAAAUAUGUCCCUUGAUUUAUUUUCCUUGCAUCAGCUGUGUGACACUGGUAAUCCAAUGGCAUGAUGGAACCACCUAUGUACGAUGUCCAUAUUAGGACAACCUCAAUCUCAUCAGGACUCCUAAUAUGGCCACCGUACCAAUGUCUAUCCUCCAUGUCUUCUCAGAGUCCCUCCGAUUGGCUGUCAUCAUAGGAGUGGCUGUGGGGGCAUUCCUCGCCCUCAUUGUCCUCAUGGGCACAUUGGGUGCCUUCUGCUGUGCCCGCUUCCAGAGGAGUAAGUGCAUUUUUAAAAACCUAUCCUUUCUGGGACAGCCAAAGCGUUCAAUAGACACUCUUGGUUUCACAGUCAAAUGUUGUUGUUUUUUCAUGUACAAUCUGUGCAAAUCAAAAUGCUCUGUAGUGCUUAGAAGGUUUCGCAUUGGAAUGUUAAGCAUAAUGGUUUUAGGAUAUCAACUCAGCACUGUAAGAACUUAUGUGAAAUCCUUUGAGAUGACGGGACAAAAAUCUAAACCUGAAAAUAUGGUACUUGUAUAUUCCUCUCUUUAAAUCAUAUAUACUGUAUAUCGCCUAAAAUGCCAAUUUUAGGACUGAAAAGGCUGAGAGUUAUCUGCAGCCAGACUCUAACAUAAUACUUCUUGUUUGACACUGUCUGCCGCCCAAUUGUAUAAAUGUCCCAUUAGAUGGAAGCUAGUGCCUUAAAGGAUUUUUAUUAUUUUUUUUACAACCAAAUCUCUAUUUUUGAUGUAAAUGGCAUGUUAUAGAAGGGUCCAGACACCUUUUUUGUGAUUUCACGUUUUUGAGAAACUUACCCCAAACAGAAAAUCACUUCCUCAUCUUCAUGAGUAGUAUGCAGGCCCCGAAAAAACAUGGAUCCUAAAACACCCAAAUACGUCAUUUAAGGAAGCUCUCAGUCUUUAGAUGCAGGUCUUUAGAUGUUGUACACAUGAAAUUGUGUCAUUCCAAACUUUAUCCGCAACAUUAUAUUCCAUUUUGUAGCGGCUCGGGCGAUACCUCUCCGUCCAUUCUACAUAUAACUGCCAAAAUAAAGGAAACACUUGAGUAAAUGAGGGCUAUAAAGUGAAUUGAAAGCAUGGGGUUCUUCCACACAGGAAGUUCCAGACACUUGUAGAAUCUAUGCCAAGGUGCAUUGAAGCUGUUCUGGCGGCUCGUGGUGGCACAACACCCUAUUAAGAUGCUUUAUGUUGGUGUUUUCUUUAUUUUGGCACUUGCAUGUAGCAGCAGGCUACACUGAGAAUGGAACAGCUGAAUAGGGGAAAUGGCUCGAGUCAUGCAAAAGGGAAUAUAACAUUGCGGAUAAAGUUCGUAAUAACACAAUUCAUGUGUACAACAUCUAAAGACCUGCAUCACUAUACUGAGAGCUUUGCCAUUUCUAAAAAAACGUAUUUGGGUAUUUUCGGAGCCUUUGUUCAUGUUUUUUCAUGGCCCCCAUACUACACAAUGAGGAUGAGAAAGUUAUUUGCUGUUUAGAGUAAGUUUCUAAAAAACAUGUGAAAUCACAAAAACAGUGUGUGGACCAGAGCGACUUACAGUUAGUGAGUGCAUACAUUUUCAUACUGGCCCCCCGUGGGAAUCGAACCCACAACCGUGGCAUUGCAAACACCAUGCUCUACCAACUGAGCUACAUGGGGCCACAUGCCAUUUACAUGCCAUUUACAUCAAAAAUAGAGAUGUGGUUUUAAAAAGGCAAACUUCUCCUUUUAAGCAAUAUCCUUAUCUGAUAUAAAACACAGCCUACACAGUGGAGUGCAGUGGAGGCUCCUCAGAGGAGGAAGGGGAGGACCAACCUCCUCAGUGAUUUUCAGAAAAAUAUAAAUAGUAAAACAUUAAAAAAGUUAUCCUUUUUAGAAAGAACUAUACUAAAUAUAAUCACGUCACAAAAUAAUUGAUUAAAACAUACUAUUUUGCAAUGAAGGUUUUAGUAGCCUCAACAGCACUCUGUAGGGUAGCACAAUGGUGUAGCCAGGGGACAGCUAGCUUCCUUCAUCCUCUGGGUACAUUGACUUCAAUACAAAACCUAGGAGGCUCAUGGUUCUCACCCCCUUCUAUAGACUUCCAUAGUAAUUAUGACAACUUCCAGAGGACGUCCUCCAACCUAUCAGAGCUCUUGCAGCAUGAACUGGCAUGUUGUCCACCCAAUCAAAGGAUCAGAGAAUGAAUCUAGUACUGAAAACAUAAGAUACAGCUAACUAUCACUGCAGUGCAUCAAAUGUGGUGAGUAGUUGACUCAAAGAGAAAGACAAUAGGUGAACAGUUUUAAACAAAUGAAUUUCUUCCAAAAUGAAGGUGAAUCAAGAGAGAAAUAGAGAGAUUUCUUCAUUUAUUUUCACUUUCAGUUUCCCUUACUUAGCUAGCAAAUAAUAAAUAGGUCAUUUAGCAGACGCUCUUAUCCAGAGCGACUUACAGGAGCAAUUGAUCAAGGGCACAUCGACAGAUUUUUCACCUAGUCGGCUCGGGGAUUAGAACCAGCGACCUUUCGGUUACUGGCACAACACUAAGCUCCCUGCCGCAAAUGCAGCUAGCUUGUUUAGCCUACUCAAACACCCUGCUCAAACAGAGGGAUGCUAUGUUACCUAGCUGGCUAUGACUAUCCAACACAACACUGGAACUCUUCCAAGUCAAGGUAAGCUUUUGGUUUCACUAAUUUAUUGCCACCGGGGCCCACCAUUGUAAGUGCUAAACUGCUUACUGACUGUACACUGUAAUGUUACUGCAUGAUUGUAGCAUGUUUACUAACGUGUUAGUUCUAUUAUCUAUGUUGACUAUUACAUUACUUUAUCUAAUAUGGUGACAACGAUGUAGGCUGUGUGUAACAGUUAUGAUAUGGUUUGGCUUGGAAAGGUAUUUGAAAUCCACAAGCGACAAAGGGCAAAGGUGAGAGGAGGAGAGCGCAUAGAUGCGAGAAGGAAUACAACAUGUCUGUUAUGAAAGUUAACUGUGUUUACGCAUGAUCAUGGGUGUAUUCAUUCCGCCAAUUCUGUUGAAAAACAUUUCUUAAACGGAACAAAACGGAUAUAAACAUACCUGAAUUUGUCCAAUAGAAACUCUCGUUUGCAACUGUUGGACUAAUGAUUACACACUAUAUCAGCUAGAUGUAGGCAAGAGUGUGCAAGGCGGUAUUGAAUGUGUCACUGUCUGUCCAUGUGUCACUGUCACCUCAAAUUUUAUGUUGUAGCAACCUCAUGAUGAGUAUAGGGAACAUUUGAGUAUCAUAUAGUAGCCUAAACCUAUCGCUGUUACAUUGAACUGGGUGAAUGGAAUGUGAAUGACAGUCAUCCAAUGUGCUGUAAUAGAAAUAAGGCAAUGCUCAUAAAAAACAAAAAAAUCGUCCUCCCUCAUCUUAAACGGCACUGACCGCCACUGGUGGAGUGUAGUGAUACAGUGCCCAUAUAUCCGGUCGAUGUAGACUGCUGUUAACCAUGUCGUUGUUGUUGUUGUUGUUGUUGGUGGUGGUGUUGUUGGUGUUGUUGUUUACCACAGAAGAAGUUCACCUCGUCAUGUCCUCCUUACCCGUCUCCAUCUCCUCUCGCCAGAGAGACCUGGCAGGCAAAAUUAAAACAGAGAGUAAGUAACCCUUGAAUAUGAUUGUAUAUGAUCUUACAAUGUCAGAGGCUGUCGAUAAAGUUUAUUUCACUAGCGCCAUGCAUAAGUGCUACAGAAAUAUCCAUGUGUAUAAUAUCCAUGAAUGACAGCAGUCACUGCUGUCUGUUUAAGGAAUAAGGAGCCUGCCAACAUAAGGAUAUGAUUGUAUAUGAUUGUUAUCAAUAAUUUCAGUGACACUCAAGUAUACAGUGCCCUAUAUAAUGUCCAUGACACAUAAAUAAGCAGCACAUGACACCUUUAUAAUCGAAUCAUUCAUAAAUGCUUCUGGCAUACCCCGUGUCAACUGCAGGCAGUUAAUAUUUACACACAUGAGCAUCUAUGGUUAGGAGUUAAGUGUAUUCUGUGGCACACAUAGCCCUAGCACUGAAGAGUUGCUCAUUUUUAACUGUAGAUCAUGCUCUAUAAAGAUUCAUAAUGUGGCAUAACUGGGUGACAUACCCAUCAAUGUAUUUGUUCAUAUUUAUUAAUCUUUUAUAGAGCAUGAAAUAUGGUUAUAGAUUAUUUGUGACCCAUUUAUGUAAUGCUUAUGAAGCCUAUAUGAAUGCUUUAUGAAGCCUUCAUAAGAUGCCCUUCAAAUAAAUCAGGACCCAGUUUUGUAAUGAGCUGUGACUGCUGUGGGAGUGUAGAAUAGUUCCAGUCCACCAAAGAACAUGUUAUGAUGCUGAUGCUGGCUGUGGAGCUAAGGGACUCUCCAAGCUCCCAUCAAGAGAUCUAAGGGGCCAUAACUUUUAACGCCGCUCGGAUGUGGUAUGAUGUGGUGCCAGAGGACUUCUGUCAGUGGCGCCAAUCAGUUUCCCUGUCUCUCUACAGAUCUCAAAGGAGUGGUUUUGGCAAAAAACGACAUCCGGGUGGAGAUUGUUCACAAAGAUCACAACACAGUGCGGGAAACAGAGGAGCACACAGCCAUCAAGCAGAUGAUGGUGAGUUGAACGCUACUCAUCUCUCCUCUCUGCAUGUCAUUUUCGAGUCCAUCGAUAGUACAUCUGAAUCAAUUGAAAAUGUUCUAAUCGACAGUUCAUUGAAGAACAUUUUCCAUUAUACAGUACAUCUAUCUAUCUAACAGACGUACUGCAAACACAGUAACCCAAAGAUAUAAUUUAGACAUGACAUUUUACUCAGGGAUGUAGCGUUAAAAAAGAAAAGUGGGUUAACCCUGAAAACAGACAACCAUGCUUAUUUAGUGUAAAUAGGCGCGUAAAUGCUAUUAACCAAAUAAAAACAGUGUUUGCAUGCAUUUACCCUCCACUACACCCCUGAUAGUAGGUGAAUAUCAAACAGCCUUUGAGUGACAUGUCUGCCCCCUUGGUGUCUCAGAUUGAGCGCGGGGAGUUCCAGGCGCAGGAGUCUGUGCUGAAGCAGCUGGAGGUCCUACAAGAGGAAGAGAAGGAUUUCCAGCACAUUAAG